CUAAUACUCGUAUUUUAUAGCACCCCAUUCGGUAAAGAGUCUUUACGCUAAGUAGCAUCCGCCCAAUUGCAAUGAGAAUGGUUCCCUUUUAUUGCCUUUAUAUAUAAAUCAAUGCCCUUUUAAAUUUCAUCACUCACCGCCCAUCUCUUUCCUUAAUCUUUGAAGCCGCCAUGAAUGGUGCUGCAGCUGAGUCCCAUGUUUCCGCUGUGAUUCUUGAUAUGGAUGGCACCCUUUUGAACACAGAAGUACUUACGAAGGACGUUUUGAAGGAUCUUUUGGCAAGAUAUGGAAAGGCAGUGGAUUACAAGAAGGAAGGCAUGAGGUUGGGGAUGACCCAUAAUGAGUCACGAAUUGCUAUUAUCAAAGACUACAACCUACCAAUCACACCUGAACAGUUUACUGAAGAAAUUAUGCCCAUGUAUCGAGAAAAGUGGCUAUUAGCUCAAGCACUUCCUGGAGCUAAUCGUCUAAUAAAACAUCUACGUAAGAAGAAAGUGCCUUUUGCCCUUGCAUCAAACUCCAUGACUAAAAAUGUAGAAGCAAAAGUCUCUCAUCAACCAGGCUGGAGUGAGUACUUUUCAAUUGUUCUUGGAAGUGACCAGGUCAAAUCGGGAAAACCUUCUCCAGAUAUAUUUCUGGAAGCUGCAAAGAGAAUGGGCGUGAAUGCUGCUUGUUGCUUGGUGGUAGAAGACUCCUUGAUCGGUGUUAAAGCAGGGAAGGCUGCUGGAAUGAAGGUUGUGGCUGUUCCCUCGCUUCCAAGUGAAUCUGAUCAGUUUUCUGUUGCUGACAUGGUUCUUCACUCGCUUCUGGAGUUACAGCCAGAAGUUUGGGGUCUACCACCAUUCGAAGACUGGGUAAAUGGUGCCUUGCCGAUUGAGCCCAUAUAUUUCAGAGGUUUAUACAAAAAUGGACAUCUAUAUGAAAUUGCAGGCGAUGGAGCAUCUGGUCUACCUGAUCAAGUUUUUGGAAUUUACUUCGGCUGGGCAAAAGAUGAAUCUUCAAAGAUAUUUAAGAUUUUGAUGAGCGUAAAUUGGGACCGUGACUGCUGUUCAAUAAAGAAAAUCAUUCAUGUUUGUCUGAUAGAUGGAAGCAAUGAGGCAACAGGUAAUCAGAAGUUGCAGAUAAUGCUCGUUGGCUACAUCGGAGGACAGUCCAACAAGGAAAAUUCAUCAAGUGAGAAAGAAAUACUUGAAGAAGACAAGAUCAUUGCCAGGACUGCAUUAGAUUCUUCGGCUUUUACUAGUCAUUCAAGCACACGAUCCUUUUUCUGAAGUUGUAUUCGAGGAAUAACCGUGCUCUGUGAUGGAAUAAACUUGCGGAAAUGGUUAGUUGUAGCUCCACUGGAUGAUAAAUAACUUGAACAGAUAUCAAGUGUUGCCCCCUUAUGGCGGCAUCUUGUUAUUAUGAGCCAAACAUAUAGUAGGUGUUUGGCAACCCAUUUUAAGCCGGACUUCUCGGCUUCUAAGUUAGAAGCACUUAUUCGUACUGUUUGUGUAAAAAGUCAAGAAGCACUUGUAAAAAGCUAGGAAUGCUAGCUUUUGUUUCAGGAUUUCUACUUAUUUCCCAAACACUUUAAUCACUAAUCACUUAUAAGUCUUAUCUUGCUUCUAAA